AACAUGUUUAUUUUUUUAGUGUUACUGUUCCUUUAAACGCAGGUUCAAGGUGGGUCAGUGACUCCGUGCAAGAUGCAGUUACAUGUGACCAGUAACGGCGCCCUACAGGUUAAUUUUGUGUUUGCGGAGGAUUGUAGUACUGUAACUCUACCCCCGGACCCAGGGAGUCACAAUACAGCUAUAUAAAUAACCUUACUUUUUCCAUUAUGCCCUUUUUUCCCCUCAUCCCAAGGCGCUGCCAUUUGUCACUAUCACUAUGUACAUCAGGGGUUAUCUCCCGGAACAGCUUUGUAGUGUUGACACAAAACCGUCACCAUGAAGGUGCAAUAGUACCUGAAAUGUACACAGUUGCCACUCUGGCACUUGUAUUGUCCGAGUUCCUCUUAAUAAUCUCGUUAAGAACCAAGAAUCCUAUUAUUGUGUGAGUGAAGCUGUAUGAUUCCUACAUCAGCGAGGGCCCCGGCUGAGAUUGUAAUACAUAUUCUUCAAGAGGGAUCCAGAAGGGUAACCCAAAGAGCCCAAAGGGUGUAGCUGAAGCUCCUUGCAUCUUCCUUCUGUAUGGAAGUGAUGAAACCGCUGAUUAAAAAUGAAGACAGUUUUGAUGGGAAGUAUGCGGAGAAGAAAUACUCGCAACGACAUCUUCAACAUGCUGAAAGCAGGACAGAUAAGGAAGUGAUGAAACCUCUGAUUGAAAAUGAAGAUGAUUCUGAUGGAUUCGGCGAUGAGCACCAGUAUUUGCAAAGACGUCAACAUUCGGACAGCAAGGAUGGCCUCACAUUUUUUCAAACACUUAUCCAUCUUUUGAAGGGCAAUAUUGGAACGGGACUACUGGGGCUGCCUCUGGCAAUAAAAAAUGCAGGUCUUUUGCUAGGACCAAUAAGCCUUUUGUUUUUUGGAAUCAUAUCCAUUCACUGUAUGAACAUAUUGGUACGAUGCAGCCACUUUUUAUGUCAAAGAUACAAAAAGGCAAACCUGGGAUACAGUGAAACUGUCGGCCUUGCCCUUGAAGUUGGACCAAGUGGUUUCCUUCAACGACGCGCUUCAUUUGGAAGGAGUAUGGUUGACUGGUUUUUGGUGGUGACACAGCUGGGGUUUUGCAGCGUUUAUUUUGUGUUUUUAGCAGAAAAUAUAAAACAAGUAUUAGAAGUGUUUUUGGCGACCAAGUUACAGCAGCCGGGAAUAGGAGGAAUAUGGACCCUGGACCUACGGAUAUACAUGUUCUCUUUCCUUCCGCUGAUCAUCCCACUGGUGUUUAUUCGGGAUCUGAAGAACCUGUCUUUGUUAUCUUUCUUAGCCAAUCUCUCCAUGGCAAUCAGCCUCAUAAUCGUGUAUCAGUACGUAAUCAGGAAUUUAUCAGACCCUCGUGCAUUGCCGCUGGGAACGAGUUGGAAGACCUAUCCGUUGUUCUUUGGAACAGCUAUAUUUGCGUUUGAAGGAAUAGGCGUGGUGCUUCCUCUAGAGAAUCGUAUGAGGGACAAAAAAGACUUCUCCAAAGCUCUAAACAUUGGCAUGGCGAUAGUGACCGCUCUGUACAUCUCUCUAGCUACCCUGGGCUACUUUUGCUUUGGAGAUCAAAUCAAGGGCAGCAUAACACUCAACCUUCCGCAAGAUUCAUGGUUGUACCAGGUGGUAAAAAUUCUGUACUCGUUUGGGAUUUAUGUUACUUAUGCAAUUCAGUACUACGUUCCAGCAGAAAUCAUCCUACCUGCCGUCACAUCCAGAGUGCAAAAAACCAGGAAGCUCCUGUGCGAAUUCACUAUGAGAUUCUUCCUCGUCUGCCUUACCUGUGCCUUUGCUGUUCUGAUUCCCCGACUCGACUUGGUGAUUUCCUUCGUUGGCGCCGUGAGCAGUAGCACCUUGGCCCUGAUCCUUCCGCCGUUGGUCGAAAUCAUCACCUUUCAGAAAGAACAUUUAAGCCCGUGGGUCAUUGCGAAGGAUAUCGCCAUAGCCGCCAUUGGCUUUGUUGGCUUUCUAGCCGGAACAUAUGUAACAAUUGAAGAAAUGAUCUCCCCUAUAGUCUACAUGUCUCCGGUUGCUUCCGAAAGUAACUUCAGCGUACUUAACAACACUGUCUUAGGGGGCCAUUGAGGCUGAACGCUUUGAAUGGUACUUACUAUUCCAGUGCCUUUUGACUUGAAACAAAGCAACCUCUGUAAAUGGGAAUAGCAAUGUAUUUAAAGAAAAGUGGCUGUAUAUAAUGUGUUUCUCUGAAUUGGGCUUAGUAUAUUUUAUAUAUCUGUGUAUAUAGAAAGAAGUCAGCAAGGGUAAUAAGGACACGUUAUUAUUCUUUGCAAUUUUAUAGACCUUGAAUAACUUUUCAGUGGAUGUAGAUCUCAGUGUAGCUGCAGUUUUCGUAUUGACAAGAAUUGAAAUGCUGCUUUUUUAAAUUAGAAGCCU